GCCGGGGACCAGCGCAUGCGCGGGCGUCCUGCGAGCCCGCUGAGGCGAGCCGAAUCGCGGCGGCGCCGGGAGCCGAGCAGCGGAGCUGUGAGGGACGGAGCGGCGGCGCGGGAGCCGCGAGGACGGACAGGUGGCGAGCCCUCGCCCGCACCACCCGGGACUGCUGGGCCGGCCGUGGAGCCUCGCGGUCUGGACGUGGCGGCGGUAGCAUCCCGGACGGCCUGUGAGGGAUGCACCGCCCACUGCCCCGCGCCGCCUGACCGCCCCCGCCUCGGCUCGCGGUGCGCCACAGCCGGGCCCGCGGCCGUCCCCGCCGCUCUGUCGCCCGGCCGCCGCGCCCGCGGGGCCGCGUCCGGCCCGGCCAUGUGGACCCCCACGGAGGAAGAGAAAUACGGCGUAGUGAUAUGCAGCUUUCGAGGAUCUGUCCCUCAAGGGUUGGUCUUAGAAAUAGGAGAAACAGUCCAGAUUCUUGAAAAGUGUGAAGGUUGGUAUAGAGGAGUUUCAACAAAGAAGCCAAAUGUAAAGGGGAUAUUUCCUGCAAAUUACAUUCAUUUGAAAAAAGCAAUUGUCAGUAAUAGAGGGCAGUAUGAAACUGUGGUUCCACUUGAAGAUUCUGUUGUGACUGAGGUUACAUCGACUCUACAAGAAUGGGCCAGUCUUUGGAAACAACUCUAUGUGAAACAUAAAGUAGAUCUUUUCUACAAGCUACGCCAUGUGAUGAAUGAACUUAUUGACCUUCGAAGGCAGCUACUGUCUGGGCACCUGACUCAGGAUCAGGUGCGGGAGGUUAAGCGGCACAUCACCGUGCGCCUGGACUGGGGUAAUGAGCAUUUGGGCCUGGACCUGGUACCACGAAAGGACUUUGAAGUAGUGGAUUCGGACCAGAUUAGUGUUUCAGAUCUUUAUAAAAUGCAUUUGUCUAGCCGGCAGAGCGUACAGCAAAGCACAUCCCAGGUAGAUACAAUGCGCCCACGUCAUGGUGAAACCUGUCGGAUACCAGUGCCACAUCACUUCUUCCUCAGCCUGAAGAGUUUCACCUACAAUACCAUUGGGGAGGAUACCGAUGUCUUCUUUUCCUUAUAUGAUAUGAGAGAAGGCAAGCAGAUCAGUGAGCGGUUUCUGGUGAGACUGAACAAGAAUGGUGGGCCAAGGAACCCAGAGAAGAUAGAACGAAUGUGUGCCCUUUUUACAGAUCUGAGCAGCAAAGAUAUGAAGAGAGAUUUAUAUAUAGUUGCCCAUGUGAUACGCAUAGGCCGGAUGCUCCUGAAUGACUCCAAGAAGGGCCCUGCUCACCUGCACUACCGGCGACCAUAUGGCUGUGCGGUCCUAAGCAUCCUGGAUGUCCUGCAGUCGCUCACAGAAUUAAAGGAAGAAAAAGAUUUUGUUCUUAAGGUUUACACGUGCAACAACGAGAGUGAGUGGUCCCAGAUCCACGAGAAUAUCAUCCGCAAGUCCAGUGCCAAGUACUCUGCCCCCAGUGCCAGUCACGGUCUUAUCAUUUCUCUGCAGCUUCUUCGUGGAGACAUGGAACAGAUUAGGAGAGAAAAUCCUAUGAUAUUUAAUAGGGGACUGGCAAUUACAAGAAAAUUGGGAUUUCCUGAUGUCAUCAUGCCAGGCGAUAUCCGCAAUGACCUGUACCUAACCCUGGAGAAGGGGGAUUUCGAGAGAGGGGGAAAGAGUGUACAGAAGAAUAUUGAAGUGACCAUGUAUGUGCUUUAUGCAGAUGGAGAAAUCUUGAAGGAUUGCAUCAGCUUGGGUUCAGGAGAGCCGAAUAGGAGUUCCUACCACUCCUUCGUCCUCUACCACAGUAAUAGUCCUCGCUGGGGAGAAAUUAUCAAAUUGCCCAUCCCCAUUGACCGGUUCCGGGGCUCCCACCUGCGCUUUGAGUUCAGACACUGUUCUACAAAGGACAAAGGGGAAAAGAAACUCUUUGGCUUUGCAUUCUCACCCCUGAUGCGGGACGAUGGCACCACCCUCUCAGAUGACAUCCAUGAGCUCUAUGUAUACAAGUGUGAUGAGAAUAGCACGUUUAACAACCACGCUCUGUACCUGGGCCUGCCCUGCUGCAAAGAGGACUACAAUGGCUGUCCUAACAUCCCCUCCAGCCUCAUCUUCCAGCGCAGCACCAAAGAGUCUUUCUUUAUUUCCACACAGCUCUCUUCCACCAAACUCACCCAGAACGUGGACCUCCUUGCUUUGCUGAAAUGGAAGGCCUUUCCAGACCGGAUCAUGGACAUCCUAGGGCGGCUGCGGCAUGUCAGCGGGGAGGAAAUUGUUAAGUUUCUUCAGGACAUCUUAGAUACACUCUUUGUGAUUUUGGAUGAUAAUACAGAGAAAUACGGCCUGUUGGUGUUUCAAUCUUUGGUAUUCAUCAUCAACCUGCUCCGAGACAUCAAAUAUUUCCAUUUCCGGCCUGUAAUGGACACAUACAUCCAGAAGCACUUUGCUGGAGCCCUGGCAUACAAGGAGCUAAUCCGCUGUUUGAAGUGGUACAUGGACUGCUCAGCGGAACUGAUUCGGCAGGACCACAUUCAGGAAGCCAUGCGGGCCUUGGAGUACCUUUUCAAGUUCAUCGUGCAGUCAAGGAUCCUGUACUCACGUGCCACCUGUGGGAUGGAAGAGGAGCAAUUCCGGUCCAGCAUCCAAGAGCUUUUCCAGUCCAUCCGGUUUGUGCUCAGUUUGGACAGCAGAAACUCAGAAACACUCCUUUUCACUCAGGCUGCACUCCUCAAUUCCUUCCCAACCAUCUUUGACGAGCUGCUGCAGAUGUUCACUGUGCAGGAGGUGGCAGAGUUUGUGAGAGGGACUCUGGGGAGCAUGCCCAGCACUGUGCACAUCGGGCAGUCAAUGGAUGUGGUGAAGCUGCAGUCCAUUGCCAGAACUGUGGACAGCCGCCUGUUUUCUUUCUCAGAAUCCCGCCGCAUCCUGCUUCCUGUGGUUCUCCAUCACAUUCACCUUCACCUGAGGCAGCAGAAAGAGCUGCUAAUCUGCUCAGGGAUUCUUGGCAGCAUCUUCUCCAUCGUCAAGACCAGCUCUCUGGAGGCAGAUGUCAUGGAGGAGGUAGAAAUGAUGGUGGAGAGCCUCUUGGACGUGCUCUUACAGACUCUGCUCACCAUCAUGAGCAAAUCGCACGCUCAGGAGGCGGUAAGAGGGCAGCGGUGCCCGCAGUGCACAGCGGAGAUCACUGGCGAGUAUGUAUCCUGCCUUCUCUCACUGCUCCGCCAGAUGUGUGACACCCAUUACCAACACCUCCUGGACAACUUCCAGAGCAAAGAUGAACUCAAGGAAUUCCUGCUGAAGAUUUUCUGUGUGUUCCGGAACCUAAUGAAGAUGAGUGUCUUUCCGCGGGACUGGAUGGUGAUGAGACUUCUCACAAGCAAUAUUAUCGUCACUACUGUCCAGUACCUGUCUUCUGCGCUACACAAGAAUUUCACAGAGACAGACUUCGACUUUAAGGUGUGGAAUUCUUAUUUUAGCCUGGCAGUUCUGUUCAUAAAUCAGCCAAGCCUUCAGCUAGAAAUCAUUACUUCAGCCAAGAGGAAAAAGAUUCUAGAUAAGUAUGGGGACAUGCGUGUGAUGAUGGCUUAUGAACUGUUCAGCAUGUGGCAGAACUUGGGUGAACAUAAGAUCCAUUUUAUUCCGGGAAUGAUUGGUCCUUUUCUGGGUGUGACACUGGUCCCACAGCCAGAAGUGCGGAAUAUCAUGAUUCCCAUCUUUCAUGACAUGAUGGACUGGGAGCAAAGGAAAAAUGGCAACUUCAAACAGGUGGAGGCCGAGCUGAUUGACAAGCUGGACAGCAUGGUGUCAGAAGGGAAAGGCGACGAGAGCUACAGGGAGCUCUUCAGCCUGCUAACCCAGCUGUUUGGGCCCUACCCCAGCUUGCUGGAGAAGGUCGAACAGGAAACAUGGCGAGAGACCGGCAUUUCCUUUGUGACCUCAGUCACUCGCCUCAUGGAACGUCUUCUUGACUACAGGGACUGCAUGAAAGGAGAGGAAACGGAGAAUAAGAAGAUUGGCUGCACUGUUAACCUGAUGAACUUUUACAAAUCUGAGAUUAACAAAGAAGAGAUGUAUAUUCGCUACAUCCAUAAGCUUUGUGACAUGCAUUUGCAGGCUGAAAACUACACAGAGGCCGCAUUCACACUGCUCCUCUACUGUGAGUUGCUGCAGUGGGAAGAACGGCCGCUUCGCGAAUUCCUCCACUACCCGUCCCAGACAGAGUGGCAGCGGAAAGAGGGACUGUGCCGCAAGAUCAUCCACUACUUCAACAAAGGCAAGAGCUGGGAGUUUGGGAUCCCACUGUGCAGGGAGCUGGCAUGUCAGUAUGAGAGUCUCUACGAUUAUCAGAGCCUCAGCUGGAUUCGGAAAAUGGAGGCCAGCUACUAUGACAACAUCAUGGAGCAGCAACGCCUGGAGCCAGAGUUCUUUCGCGUGGGCUUCUAUGGCAGGAAGUUUCCUUUCUUCCUUCGGAACAAAGAAUAUGUGUGCCGUGGCCACGACUACGAGAGGCUGGAGGCCUUCCAGCAGAGGAUGCUCAGCGAGUUCCCACAGGCCGUCGCCAUGCAGCACCCCAACCACCCUGAUGAUGCCAUCCUGCAGUGUGACGCCCAGUACUUGCAGAUCUAUGCAGUGACACCCAUUCCAGAUUAUGUGGACGUCUUGCAGAUGGACAGGGUCCCGGAUCGUGUUAAGAGCUUCUACCGCGUCAACAAUGUGAGGAAGUUCCGGUACGACAGGCCUUUUCACAAAGGCCCCAAGGACAAGGAGAAUGAAUUCAAGAGCCUGUGGAUCGAGCGCACCACUCUGACCCUGACCCACAGCUUGCCUGGCAUCUCUCGGUGGUUCGAAGUGGAGAGGAGAGAACUGGUGGAGGUGAGUCCUCUGGAGAAUGCUAUCCAGGUCGUUGAGAAUAAGAACCAGGAGCUGCGGGCCCUGAUCAGCCAGUAUCAGCACAAGCAGGUGCACGGCAACAUCAAUCUGCUCAGCAUGUGCCUGAAUGGCGUCAUUGAUGCAGCUGUCAACGGAGGCAUCGCCCGCUACCAAGAGGCCUUCUUUGAUAAAGAUUACAUCACCAAGCACCCAGGAGAUGCUGAGAAGAUCAGCCAGCUCAAGGAGCUCAUGCAAGAACAGGUCCAUGUCCUUGGCGUCGGGCUGGCAGUUCAUGAGAAGUUCGUGCACCCAGAAAUGCGCCCUUUGCAUAAGAAGCUGAUUGAUCAGUUCCAAAUGAUGCGGGCCAGCCUCUACCACCAGGAGUUUCCGGGUUUGGACAAGCUAAGUCCUGCAUGUUCAGGCACCAGCACCCCACGGGGAAAUGUCCUAGCAUCCCAUAGUCCCAUGAGCCCCGAGAGCAUCAAGAUGACCCACCGGCACAGCCCCAUGAACUUAAUGGGCACCGGCCGCCAUUCAUCAUCCUCUCUGUCCUCACACACAUCUAGCGAAGCAGGAAAUGUGGUGAUGCUGGGUGACAGCUCCAUGGGCGAGGCUCCCGAGGACCUGUACCACCAUAUGCAGCUCGCGUAUCCCAACCCCAGGUACCAGGGCUCAGUCACCAACGUCUCUGUUCUGUCCUCGUCCCAGGCAAGCCCUUCUUCCUCCAGCCUGAGUUCCACUCACUCAGCACCAUCCCAGAUGAUUACCUCUGCCCCUUCCAGUGCCCGAGGCUCUCCCUCUCUGCCAGAUAAGUACCGCCAUGCCCGGGAAAUGAUGUUGCUGCUGCCCACACACCGGGACCGCCCAAGCAGCGCCAUGUAUCCAGCAGCCAUCCUGGAGAACGGACAGCUGCCAAAUUUCCAGCGGGCCCUGUUCCAGCAAGUGGUCGGAACCUGCAAACCCUGUAGUGAUCCCAAUCUGUCUGUGGCUGAAAAAGCGGUGCCAGCAGCCCCCAGCAGCUGGAGCCUGGAUAGCGGAGCCCGAGAGGCCCAGCCCUUCCUGUCUGCCCACAUGGGGUGCAUCCUGCCCCCCCCAGUGCCUCCCCGAAGCCUGCUGCAUGGUCAUUACUCCCUACACUUUGACGCCUUCCACCACCCCCUGGGUGACACCCCACCGGCCCUUCCUGCCCGGACCCUGCGCAAGUCACCCCUGCACCCUAUCCCAGCCUCCCCCACAAGCCCCCAGUCAGGCCUGGAUGGCAGCAACUCGACGCUGUCCGGCAGUGCCAGCAGCGGCGUGUCUUCCUUAAGUGAGAGUAACUUUGGGCACUCCUCGGAGGCCCCUCCUCGAACCGACACCAUGGACUCCAUGCCAAGCCAGGCCUGGAACGCUGAUGAAGACCUGGAGCCGCCCUACCUCCCUGUCCACUACAGUCUCUCCGAGUCCGCCGUCCUGGACUCCAUCAAGGCCCAGCCAUGCCGAAGCCACUCAGCCCCAGGAUGUGUCAUCCCUCAGGACCCCAUGGACCCACCUGCGCUGCCCCCCAAGCCCUACCAUCCCCGCCUGCCAGCCCUGGAGCACGACGAGGGUGUGCUGCUACGUGAGGAGGCCGAGAGGCCUCGGGGCCUGCACCGCAAGGCCUCGCUGCCUCCUGGGAGCACCAAGGAAGAGCAGGCUCGCAUGGCCUGGGAGCACGGCCGAGGGGAACAGUGAGGGGCCGGGAGGCAGCUGGGACACCACCCUCAGUGAGCAGCUCACCCAACCACUCCAGGUCUGAAAAGCAAGUUCCCCUGCAGGGAGCCAGAGAGGCCUGGCACUCAGGAGAGAACCACCCCGAGUCUACGUUCUACUGCCGUGAACUCGUGUGUUGCCAUGUACAGAGGCCACAGCAGCAUGAAGGGUUGUGGCUUCUGUUUUUAUUUCAUUUUCUACAUCUCCAUUUCUAUGGGUUUUCCUUUUUCCCUUGUGCAGUAGAUGCUUUCUUCCUCCUGCAGUUCCAGACCACGUGGAGCUAUGUGGAGAUAUUGCACAGACAGAAUUGCUUUGCAGCUUUCCCGGGCCCCAGGAGUAGGAACCCAGGCCUUCCCUCCAGGGUAGAGACGCACAGAAGAAUGGAAAUUGCACUAGGAACCUCUUCCUUUACUGUGUGGACAGAAGAGCUCAUGGUUGUAUUCAGGGAUUGCAAGGACCACGUGGACUACAUGUCACAGGUGGACAAGGGGGCUACAAGCCAUUUUGCACAAAUACCUGCCCACCUGCCUGCUCUUCCAUCCAGGAGUGUGUGACUGAGGGGCUGGUUGGGCCAACCUGCUGGCUCAGGCAUGUGACCUGGCCUAACUGCACACCCGGGCACACUGCCAGGCUCCUGUGGGCCAGCCCUGCCUCCUGCUCUACCUUGGAUUUUUCCCUCCAUCGUUUUUUAUUUCUGACCAUUUGCUCCCCUCCACUCUUAAUACAUCCCAUGCCCUGCAGAAGCCCCCUUGGCAAACAGAUCUACAGUAGUUAUCUCCGACCCUCUGGGGCUUGAAUUGGGGUGUGAAGUCAGAGGGACUACCCUAGCCACCUUCCUCCCCAGGGCCCGGGUGGCCAUGUGUUGAGAGAUGAGUUGAUAUAGGAGGGAGGCUGAGGUGUGGCAGGGGCCGGAAAUCCUCUGAGCUUUCAGAAGUGGCCAGAGUGCCUGUCAUCCAGCUCCUGAAUCAGGGAUUUUCAGCACUACCUCCAAGCAGUGGGGUUGUCUGCCCAGCCAGGCUUCCAAGGCCUGAGGACUUGUGGUCAGAUCAGCAAGCUCUUGGGUAAAAAGGGUGGGAGGGAGCUUCUCCUUUUAGAAGCAGAAGCCACACAGGUUGAAUUGUCCUCUCCCAGUGGCCAAGUGCAGGGCCCCCGCUCCAGGCCCAUGGGGACCACCACUCAGGGUUCAGGGCGGGCAGGAGGGCAGCUUCUCCAGCCUCCCCAGUCUGUUGGGCAGAAGACAGUGGUGUCUUUAUAGGAAACUCUUUCAAGUCAGGGCACUGAUUUUCCUCUUGCUUUAUUAUUUGGGGAGAUAGGGUAGGGUGGUAAUUAAUAUUUUACCAGGGUGCUUCUAAGUUACUUAAAAGUCUACAAAACAUUGUUUUCUCUCAUUUGCUUGCGUUCACAACUUUUUUGGUCACAAGGCUGCCUUCUUGCUGAGCAGGUGUAUUCUCUCCUAAAUCCUCUUCUGCUGGCCCAUCUGACCUCCAUGGUCAGGGUGUUUUAUGCUUGUAAACAAAUGCCAGCUUGUUUUAACAGGAAUGCCAGCAAAGUACGUAUGAGGAAAGAUGAGGGCCAUGUUACCUUCAGGGCAGCUGGGAGUGUUCACCACCAGUCUGGGUCCUUUCUGAUACUGUAAGGGUGACCCCAGGCAGAGUGGGUCAGUCCUGGCAGCCCUGACCUCGCAGGGCAGGCCUGGACCAUCUGGUGUUCACAAGUGUGGCAGUCAGUGGGGACUAACUUUGGAUUUCUUUGGUAGGAGGGCAUCUUUAGAUCUUAGGGCACUUCUGAACCUCAAUCCCUGGACAAGGCAGUCAUCAUGUAAGAACAUCUAACUUGUCCACCUGGUGACAUGGGAGGGUAGAGAGGGGAGUGUGGGUUUGUUUGGCCUUGCCUCAUGCAAGGUGAGCCAGGUCUGUUUUCCCUCUCCAUUUUCCCUAGUUGGAUGAAAAGGACAUGUUCCAAAACCCCCUUUUUUUUUUUUUUUUUUUUGGAGAAUCAGCCAGUCUGAGGGGAAGUGGGAGGCCAGAGAUGAGAAUCCUCUGAAAUGAUUGUGAAAUACUAAUUUUCAUUCUUUCAAGCUUAUUUGUAAAUACCUAUUUGAAUGCUGUGUAUUUGUACAGGAAUUUGAGCAAAAAAUGUAUAGAGUGUGAUGUCCAAUUGGUAUUCAGCCCUAUAAAUGUUUUUAACCUCGGCAUUCUGUGCUUAUUUAAAAUAAGAAAACUUCUAACCAUUUCUUUUGUGUAUUUAUGUUUAAAAUAAGAAAUGAUUUAAAAAUGAUCUUACCUGUACCAGAGAGCAAAGUUCAAAGAAAAAAAUUUGUACUAGUGUCCUAAGAGGUAUUUUACUGUAUAUAUUGUGGUAGCAUGUUCUCAAUCCAACAAGUAAUGUGAAUUUUAGAUGUAAAUAUCUGCCACUUGAUUUCCCUACUCCCUUGACUGCUGUGAUGUGAAUUAAAGAUGAAUACCUGAUACUGAUCCACUGAAUUCACUGAAUGGGAGCAACGCAAGUGCCCCUCUCCAACCCUUGUCGCUGGGCUCCAAGCCCCAUAGAAACCUCGUUUCUACCCUGAGCACAGAGCCAACCUUUCCC